GUGAGCUGAGCAAACGGUAUAAUGUCUGGACGAGGAAAAGGAGGUAAAGGGCUUGGAAAGGGUGGCGCUAAGCGCCAUCGUAAAGUGUUGCGAGACAACAUCCAAGGUAUUACAAAGCCAGCUAUUCGCCGUUUAGCUCGACGAGGUGGAGUAAAGCGAAUUUCUGGCUUGAUCUAUGAGGAAACUCGCGGAGUGCUCAAAGUGUUUCUGGAGAAUGUCAUCCGAGAUGCUGUCACUUAUACGGAGCACGCUAAGAGAAAGACCGUGACUGCCAUGGAUGUGGUAUACGCGUUGAAGAGACAGGGUCGUACUUUGUAUGGCUUUGGCGGUUAAUCUUUCUGUGAAACGUUGUAAAUCUCAUCACCCAAAGGCUCUUUUAAGAGCCGCC